UGCGGACCAAGGCCAGAUUUUGUUGGGUCGGCACUCGGCACAGCGAGUGGUGGAAACCGCGAGCUCUCUAUCCACUCUUGACUCUUCUUCUCCGCCUCCUCCCUGUCUUCCUCUGCCAUCUUCCCUCCCGGUCCAUGGCUGCAGCAGCUUCCUCCUCUGCCUCGCCGCUCCUCCUCCCCUCAGGGUCGAGACACGCCUUGACCUCGAGGGCGUGGCUCCGCAGCGGCAACGCGUUCCGUAGCAGGGCGCUGAGUUCAGACGCACCGUGCUGCUGCAAGGCCGCCAGCGGAAGCUCGGCGGAAUGUGGGGCAGCUGACGAUUUCAUGAUCAGUGGUGCUAGUAGCACCAGGAGGAGCCUGCUCGGGGUGGCCCUGGGGGCGUCUGCCUUUGGGUUGGCCGCGUUCGAUGUUGUCGCCGCCGGGUUGCCGCCGGAGGAGAAGCCCAAACUCUGCGACGCCGCCUGCGAAAGCGAGCUCGAAAAUGUGCCUAUGGUAACCACUGAAACCGGCCUGCAGUACAAGGAUAUCAAAGUGGGAGAAGGGCCAAGUCCACCCAUUGGUUUCCAGGUUGCUGCAAAUUAUGUUGCCAUGGUACCAAAUGGACAGAUAUUCGACAGCUCAUUGGAAAAAGGUCGUCCCUACAUAUUCCGUGUCGGUUCAGGACAGGUGAUAAAGGGUCUUGAUGAAGGGAUUUUGACAAUGAAGAUUGGAGGGCUACGACGGUUGUACAUACCUGGACCAUUAGCGUUUCCCAAGGGUCUUACAUCAGCUCCAGGAAGGCCAAGAGUACCUCCGAGCAGCCCCAUCAUAUUCGACGUCAACUUACUGUACAUACCAGGUCUUGAUGAUGAGUGACACCAUUCUGUUGCAGCAACCCUCUUUUUGUAUACUGCAAGAGAAAGCUGAGGUGAAGGAGCUACUGCUUGCGAACCACUGCAACUAGAGCAACAAUUCUCUCCGGCUACAAUUUAUGUGCAAGUACCUGUGUUGAGUACAUAGCAACAUUGGUGAAUUGGUCCUCACUGAUAUAAUUAUAUGUGAAAAUCCUUUUAUUCA